AUGAGCUCCCCUUCAACCUAUCUUAUCACUGGUGCGAACCGUGGCAUCGGCCGCGGCUUCGUCCAGCGUAUCCUCCAGAAGCCCUCAACCACUGUCAUCGCUGCCGUUCGCGACCCUUCACACCCAACCUCCAAGGCCCUCGCCGAUCUGCCCAAGGGACCUGACACCAAGCUCAUCAUCGUCAAGCUGGACUCCGCCGUGGAGACGGACGCUACCGAUGCCGUAGCUCAGCUUCGCGAGCAGGGCAUCGACUCUUUGGACCUGGUGAUUGCCAACGCAGGCAUCGCCCAGGGCGGCACAAGCGUGCGCAACACCUCAAUCGCCAACACGCAGAAACAUUUCAACGUCAACGUAAUCGGCCCAUUGACUCUUUUCCAAGCCACGGCCGAUCUUCUCAAGGCCACCAAGACUGGCAGCCCCAAGUUCGUUGCCAUCUCAACAAUUGUUGGCUCCAUUGGCUCGCAGGAGGUCUUGUCCAACUUUCCAGAGACGUCGAGUCCUUACGGGGCCUCCAAGGCAGCCUUGAACUGGUUCAUUCGUCUGCUGUCCUUCGAGGAGCCCUGGUUGACCAGUUGGGUCUUCCACCCGGGUGUUGUGGAGACAGACCUCAGCUCGGGCGGUGGUGUGGACCUCAAGGCGUUGGGUGCCAUCUCUGUAGAGACCAGCGUGGCGGACAUGGUGAAGACUACUUGGAGCAUCGAUCCCAAGGACCUUAGUGGAACUUUUCGCAACCAUGAUGGCACCAUCAUUCCCUGGUAG